AUGAUGAGCAAAACUGUUUCAGACAUAUGUGAAAAGGAAAUGGAGUUAAAAAUUGAACCAAAUGAACAAGCAAAGCACACAAUCAAGAUCCUAACAGAUGCAAUGGUGUCGAUGAGUAGAAAGCUGCCUCCGCCUCCAGGGACAACACAACACCAACAAGAGCAGCAGCAAGACCCACAGCAUCCAGAGGACCAACAGCAUCAACAGGAGCAAGAGCAACGCCGAGAAGUAGACCUCCAGGAUGCACAGAUUUGUGAAUUGUGCGAGAUGGCAUGGAAGGCCGCUGAAAGCAGCGAGACAAAUGAUGAGGAUUCUCUUCCAGUAUGGAAAUUCGUGCCUACUUCAAAAGAAGUGGUUGUUGAUGAACAACAAACUCAAUCACAAGCAUAUGGAACGAAUAUCUCCACAACAAAAAGGAAGAGAAACCAAGAAAAGCAAAAAGCUUCAAAAGCUUGCGAAAGAAGAAGAGGAGAAAUGGCAGACAACAGAUCCCAUCAAGAUUCCACCAGCCAGGGCAGAGACACACAAGUGGAAGACAAGGCAAAAUCCAAUCAAGAAUCAACCAAACUAGAUUCAGGUGUGACACCCACAACAAACCAACCUGGUGCAACAUCCACCUAUACCAGAAGGACGAGAAGCACUGGUACUAGGAAAAAGAAAGUAGUCAAAGACCCAACUAUCCCACAUUUUGGCCUGGGCAUCUUCUCCAGUCAGGAAGACAGUUACGAGACAACCCAGGAGAAGAACACUGAGGAAGACAAUUCAGAAAAACAAUUCAAUGAGCAUACCAAAGAUGAUGAUGUUCUAGUACCAACUCCAGUUGAAGAAACGAACAAUCCCAGUCAUUCCAUCGAAAAUAUCACAGGAAGUGUCGAUUCGGAUAAAGAUGUCGAUGAGACUAUCGAAACUGAAGAAUAUCCCGUACUAUCUGCACUCGACAAAACAAAGAAUCCCACUCCUUCCAUCAAUGAAAUCAUAAGAAGGGCCAGUGCCCCAGCUUCAAAAUCAUUUAGUGAUACCAGAAAACUAGAGAUGAUUGCUGCUGCUGCAGAACAAGUUGAGAAGAACUCAAAGGUGGUUGAAGCAAUCCCUAUAAGCAUAAUUCCACCCGAUUGGAAUAUUGCUUCUACCACGGGUGGUCUACUGAUGCUGGAGAAAAAUGAGUAUACCACGCCACCGCCUACAAUCUCAAAGAAAGUUGAUGAGCUUGAUGAAGAGUUAACAAAGACAGUGGAAAAGAUCCUCAAUGAAAAACCUAAGAGGAGAAAUCCAGCAAGAGUCCGCCGGUUGCCUGAACGGUUCAGGUCGCCAUUCAUGCUCCAAAAGAAGAACAAGAAAAAAUUCAUACAGUGGACAGAGGAGAAAAAGAAAAUGACCCAAGAAGAAGGCCUGUUGAUAGACUUCGCUCUCUUACAAGAUAAGAAGACAUAG